AUGUCGGGAGAGCAUGGGCAGCCUCUCGGGCUUCCGGCCCCUGUAAGACGCUCGUUGUUGGCCGUGCUCGUCGUCGCCGUCGCCGUCGCGUCGGAUGCCUGCGACGCCAGCGUGGGCGACGCCGCGGCGCUCGCCGCGGCGGUGAAGCGCGCCGGUUCGGACGCCUGCGUGGGGCGGACGAGCACCGUGGCCGUGACGGCGGACAUCGCGCUCGCGGCCCCGGUCCACGUCUGGGCCAACGCGUCCGUGUCGCUGGUCGGCCCGCGCGCGAUCUCCGGCGCCGGCGACCACGGCCUCUUCGUGACCCGCGGCCGCCUCGCGCUGUCGGGGCUGCGGCUCGCGGACGGCGCCGCGGCGUCCGGGGGCUGCGUCUUCGUCGGGGCCGGGGGCUCGCUCGCCGCGUCCAACGCGUCGUUCGUACGCUGCGCGGCGGCGAACUACGGCGGCGCCAUCUACGCGAGCGGGGCCGAGGUGGCGCUGCGGAACGUGUCCUUCGCGCGGACGUCCGCCGCGUACGUCGGCGGCGCCGUCAGCGCGACGACGCGCAGCUCCGUGCGCGUCGUCGACUGCACCUUCGAGGCCACGACCGUGACGCGCGCCGCGGCGGGCGGCGGCGCGCUGGCGCUCAUGAUGAGCGAGGCGACGAUCGUCGCCAGCGCGUUCCUCGGGACGCGGAGCGCGGCCGCCGGCGGCGCCCUCUACGUCGAGGACGAAUCGAACUGCAGC